AUGGAUCUCCCAAACGAGCAAAUAACCGCAAACCUGCUGAGUGCAGCGAUAUGGUUGCUACUGGUGCUACUACUGAUGGCUCUCACUUUUGCAAUUCUGGGAAUUCUCGUCGGGCUUCUUUGCGCCCUGAUCACGACGGCGACCACGCUCUUUGCGUAUGCUGGGACCGACCUGUGGGAAAAUCUUGAGAGUUACUGUGAGCGAGCCCAUCGCCCUCGCCUCCUCGGGCUGGUCAGCUUAGUCGCUAAGGUCCAAACCCCCGACUCGGAGCGGGCCUUGCAACUCGACUACCUCCAGAAGAAACACGCGCUCGUGGCUGAGGCUAGCGCUCUAGUUCAGCGCCAUGCCCGGUUAGCGGCGCAAAUUGACGAAGCUCGAGAACCCCAGGACUCUGUUCCCCACUCGACAAAGGACCACUCGAUGCAACGGAACCAGCUCAUGCAAGAAUCCCACACCGUCUCGGUGCAACUACGGACGAACUGGCAGAAGAUCAAGGCACUGAGUGACGAGUACCCGGUGAAGGGUGCUUGGAUCCGGGCAGAUUCAAGGAUGGCUAAGAAACUGGAGCCCUAUGGGAAGGAGGCACAGGCGUGCCGGCUGUGGGGUGGCUGCUGGAGUGUGGUUGUUGCUGGCGGCGCGAACGGUCUCUCUUUGGCGGGGGUGAUGAUGGUGACAGCGACGCCCCAAUGGAUUGAACCAGCAUUCGGCUGCAAUCUUGGAUUUCCGAUGGGAAAUCUGAAGUGA